AUGUUUCAAAUUCUAAAGUAUAAAAAUUACUUGGAGUUGAUUGAAAGUCAGCAUGAGGCGGACGCUGUCACAUACGCAGAGGUUAGAAAUCAAUCGUUUGGAAAAUUUGUUAAUAAGAUAUCAACAGAUCAAGGCGAUGUACAUGGCAGGGAGAACGAUGCCGAUCUAUAUCGUCAUGAAGGAAUCUUGGCCUGUGAACUUUUCAGAUGCAGACAGUUCUUGAGAAGGCUUCUUUCAUUCGAUUAUUCGUCGAGCGGAAAUGCUGUUCAAUAUCUACCCGAGGAGCUUAUACAAGCGAACUUUACUAAUUAUGUAAGGUAUCUAUUACAGCUUCCGCUCACACUUCCUGACUUCUGCGAGAACCUUGAUCCCAUCACUGCUUCCCACUACAGAUUCAAGUCAUCAUUACAGGAGCUAAAGGAUAGACUUAACACGAUAGCACAAGACGGAUUUGGAAACGAAGCAUUAGUCCUUCCUGGGGCCGAUGUCAUAGUGCAGGCGAUCACUAAAGUUCUGUACGAGUAUAUGCUUUUGGAGCAGUAUCACAUUGACGUAUUAGCGAAAUUAGGGAAAAAUGCACUUGUGGAUCGCCGUAUCAUCAAGCUACUUUUCAAUCUUUUCAGCUUGAAUAUGAAGCUCGACAAUCCCGAGGCGAUGAAGAUCUUGAACUUUAAUGUUUUCUUCAGCGCUCAAUACUCCUGGUACCUCGCUCUUACUGUUCCGUUUGUGCGAGUGUUCGAAUCUAACGUGUUUGCCAACGAGACCAAGGAUUCCAUGGAACAUGAAGACGCGAUACGAAGACUGGAUUUAGAGCUUCACAAGAACUUUUUCAAGAAGCUUGAAUUUGAAUCCUUCGAUGAGUUUGACAGCUUGACAAAAGGUGAUCUCAUGAAACUCAGGAGGUCUCUCGAAGGAGAUCGUGCUACAGAUGCCGCUUCAAAAACCUCCGAACCUUCAAACCCUCGGCACAAACCAGAUAACUUUGAAUAUCUACAGCAAAGCAUUUUCAGAAUAAAGACGGAAACAUUUCAUGUCAUACAGUCGCGAGACCUUUAUUUGCAAUUGAAUGUUUCUAAUUACAAAGAAAUCAUUCGUGAAUUUCACCGCAUUUUGAAGAAAGGUGGAAUACUUGAAUUACCGCUACACAUACCGAGGUAUACGCCUACGUGUGACACAUUGACUGAGCGAUACCCUGAAAGCCCUUGUGGGGCAACAUACAAAAGGGAUGAUCACCUUAUUGACGACUUUUUAAAUGUACUCAUUCAGGAGUUGAGCCUAGUUUUCGGUUCAAAGAAUGUGAUGAUUGGUACCUCCUUGAUUUCCGGUGACAGUAAGAUGAAUGCUUUUGUUUCGAAUCAUAUCCUCCUUCGACUUCACGACAUCUACGGUGAUCUCGAUUCAUUUGUUGUCCGCUAUAGAGAGCAGGAAUUAAAUCAUGCCAAGAACGGGACAUAUUUUUUUUAUCUUCGCUCCGAGAAGAUAUAA